CGACGGCGCGCCGCGAGUGUCGUGCGCAACAUGGCGGCGCCCAGGGAGGCUGAGGACGCCGGCGGCCGGUGAGAAGUUCCGGCCGCCGGUGAAGCUUCGUGCGGCCCGAGCGCGCAGCGUGCGGUCCCUCCGCUCCGUGUUCCCCGCGCUCAGGUCUCGCGCGGUCGUUCUCCCAGGCCCCCGCGCGAUGUGGAGGAGCUGCCUCCGGCUGCGGGGCGGGGGUCGCCACCUCCUGAACUGCCCCCGGGGUGGCCUCACCGCCUCCGAGGGGCCGGGGCCAAAACCCCCGGCCCGCGCCCGGGCCUACGCGCCGCCGGCAGAAAGGAAGAGGUUCUAUCAGAAUGUCAGCAUCACACAGGGUGAAGGUGGCUUUGAGAUCAAUCUGGACCACAGGAAGCUGAGGACUCCCCAAGCCAAGCUCUUCACCGUCCCCAGCGAGGCCCUGGCCGUCGCUGUGGCCACCGAGUGGGACUCCCAGCAGGACACCAUCAAGGCGUACACCAUGCACCUGACCACACUGUGCAACACGUCUCUAGACAACCCGACCCAGCGAGGCAAAGACCAGCUCAUCCAGGCAGCCGCAAAGUUCCUGGACACUGACACCGUCUGCUACAGGGUGGAAGAACCAGAGACGCUGGUGGAGCUGCAGAGGAACGAGUGGGACCCGGUCAUAGGCUGGGCCGAGAGGAGAUACGGCGUGAAGAUCGGCUCCUCCACCAGCAUCAUGGGGCCCAGCAUCCCAGCCCGGACUCGGGAGGUGCUGGUCAGCCACCUGGCCUCUUACAACACGUGGGCCCUACAAGGGAUCGAGUUUGUGGUGAGCCAGCUCAAGUCCAUGGUGCUGACCUUGGGCCUGAUCGACCUGCACCUGACGGUGGAGCAGGCCGUGCUGCUGUCGCGCCUGGAGGAGACGUUCCAGAUCCAGAAGUGGGGCAACGUCGAGUGGGCCCACGACUACGAGGUGUGGGACCUGCAGGCGCGCACGGCCGCUGGCGCCCUCUUCGUGCACCUCUGCUCCGAGAGCUCGGCCGUCAAGCACAAGCUGCUGCAGGGGUGAGGCCGGGCCCCAAGCCACGCACCUGGUGGAGGCCAGCUUGGGCCGAGGUAGGGGCAUGGGUACGAGUGAUUGUAUUGAACGACUCUUCGCCUCGAAGCGCAUGGAGCCUCCGCUCAUUGCUCCGGUCACCUCUGGGUCCCCGAGGCCACCCUGCCUACCCACAGGGCACGUGCUGCUGGGCCGGACCCUCCCACUGGGGAGCUCUCAGUGGCCCUCAGCCCCAAGGCUUUUGUCUUCCGGUUUUUAAUCAAACAGUCUUUUAAAAAUGAGUCCCUCUUGGUCCGAGCCAUCUGUUUCUGUUUGUUU